AAUUGCGUUUCUCCGCAGUGACGCGUAUGCCUUCAUAUGGCUUUCCUCGUCAGUGAAACGCAUUCCGCUCUGCUCAAUAAAAUUUUUCUUCUAUAUUGAUUUAAAAAAAAAAAAAAAAAAAAAAAAAUUUUAUGUGAAAAAAAAAUUGUGAUAUAUUUUUUUUUAAAUUUAUAAAAAUUAUUUUAUACAAAAAAAAAAAACACGGUUGAGAAAAUAAUAAAUUGUAGAAGGGAAAUUUUUGUUUUCAAAAAUUCAAACACGUGCUCUCUACUACUUGGCCGCCAUGUUCGAUACGGAAAGAUUUAUCAGCGAGAUUGAAAAACGUCCUGCAAUUUAUAAUACUAAUUGCGAUGAAUAUAAUGAUAGAACGGCAAAAUUGGCAGCUUGGGACGAGGUUUGUCAAGUGAUGAUACGUAACUGGCCAACACUCUCAGACGAGGAACGCAUUGUCGAAGAAAAGAAUCUAAGAGGAAAGUGGCGAAAUAUACGUGAUUAUUUCAUGAAAGAAUUGAAAGUUCAAAAUUUAAAAAACCUCGCUGGAUCAGCAGGCCGGAAACGGAAGCGUUACACCUAUUUUGAUCAGCUACAAUUUUUGAUGCCAUCCAUUGAGAACAAGCAGAGGUACUCGUACCAAGUACCUCAACUAUUAAAUAAAAGAGAGAACAAUUAUGUAAAUCAUUGUAAAACUGAGGAGAGUGAAGGAGAAGCCGAUAAUCCUGUAUUUGAUGACUAUGAGAUGUCGGGAAAUGAAGCUGGCACGUCAAAGGAUUACGUUCAAGCUGUCAACUCGUCAGGAAACUAUAGACUAUUACCAGUUCGAUAUUCGAAACCAAUGUGCGAAACUUCUAUUGCUCCUUUUGAUAACGAGUUUCAAGACAUGAUAUCGAACAAUGGCCAACGUUCAAUGAUUGAAGAAGAAGAUUAUGAUAAGAUGUUUCUACUCUCGUUACUUCCCAUUCUUCGACAAAUCCCGGAAAAUAAGAAAUUGGACGUGAGAAUACAGAUGCAACAGAUUUUAGCCGCUGUUCUUUAUCCAUCCGACAGUAAAUAAAUCCGAAUUUUUUUUUUCUUUCUUCAUUUUAUAAAAAUAGAAUUUUUUUUUCUCGAUACAUUAAUGAGAUUUUUUUUUCUUUUUUCUUUAAUCAUUGACAAUUUUUAUACUAUUUCAUUUUCAAAAAUAUAAAUUAAUUUUUUUCUAAGCCAUCAAGUUUUUUUUUGGUAAAAAAAAAGAAUUGAAACUCCAAUCGAAAUUCUCGAGCGAUUUCAAAAAUUCAUUUUCAAUAAUUUUUCAUUUAAAAUUUAGAUUUUUUUAAAAAAAAAUUUUGUAUUAUUUGAAAUAAUAAUAUAAAUAUUGAAAGUCAAUUUUUUAGCCAAGGGAUUUCUUUGUGAUAUAAAUGUUAAAAGUUGUAACCAGACUUAUAAAUAUAAAAAGUGAUAAGAAAUGUUGAAGCCUAAAAGAAAUGAUUUUACUAUCAGACAAGAGUUUUGUUAAACUUAUAUAUAUAUUCACAAAAACGUUACCAAUUUUUGUAUAAAAAAAAUAAGAUAACUAAACUUGUUAUACAAUAAUAUAAGGUAAAAUUUAAUCACAAUUUGAAAAAAAAAAAAUGACAAAAUGUAAAAAAAUAAGUAAAAUAUGUACAUUUGUAAGUCGAUUUAUAUAAUGUAUAAUUACCACAUACCUCAUACUUUGUAUAUUAAUGAAUAUUAAAG